GCCUCUGACAGCACAUUCGGAUUUUCAUGUUUUGAAUCCGUCGGACGUGGCGGUCUUGUUUUGGUCCCGGAGGGCGGAAUAUUCCGGAGAAAAUUACGUGUAAAAACCGAAAACAGCUACCAGCGUCAUGGGUCUGUGCAAGUGUCCCAAACGGCAAGUAACGACCCAGUUCUGUUUCGAGCAUCGGGUCAAUGUUUGCGAGAAUUGCAUGGUCGUCAAUCACACCAAGUGCACAGUUCAGUCCUACAUCCAGUGGCUGAAGGACAGUGAUUACGACUCUAGCUGUACCCUCUGCGGGAACCUAUUGGACAAUGAAGAUUGUGUUCGAUUAAUAUGUUAUCAUGUUUUCCACUGGAACUGUUUAAAUCUGCGGCAACAGUCACUGCCGGCAAAUACGGCCCCGGGAGGUCAUACUUGUCCGAGCUGUAGCGAUCCAAUUUUCCCUCCGGCUAAUCUGGUUUCUCCGGUGGCCGAUGUGCUGCGAACCCGACUCAGUCAGGUCAAUUGGGCUAGGAAUGUGUUGGAAUUGCCUUUGCUUUUGGAAGAAAACGGGGACUAUUCCGACUAUUCGGGCACGACUUCGUCGUCCCAUCAGCACAGCAACAACAGCCACAAUCAUCAUUCGGUGGGUGUGCAUCAUCACAGUGGUGGGGCCCAGAAUCGAUCAUUGCUUCCGAUUGCAUCCGGAAGUGUUGGUGGUGGUUCCGGGGAUCGUCCGGCCAGUCCACACUCGGUGGUCAACAUGGAAAGCUACACAACCAGUGCCGGAGCCGCUGCUAUGGGAGCCGAUUUUCAAGCAAGCAGUCGGCGCCCGCUGUUGCCCCGCGAAUCUCCUAUCGGUGGUUCGGACCGGGACGACAACAAAUACAAACGCCGAACGCCGGCGGAAAUCUUCUCACGCUGGUCCCGUCGCUUCUAUGCGCCCUCAUCAAGGCCACCCUGGCGGCGAACCUGGUUCUUGGUGGUAUCCGGGAUGCUCGGGUUCGUGUGUAUCAUGUACGUGCUGGCCACUCUCGGACGUCGCAGCCAGGAUUCGGACGAUCUUGGCGAUGCUGACGAUGGUAUCUUCAAUCGCCAUCUGCCCCACGAGGCAUGAUUGGAGCAACAGCAGCAGCGUGGUAAGCAGAGAGCACUGUUGCUCUGGUUUUAAAACAGUAAUCUAAAUCCUUUCAGCUUAGUCAUUCCCCCGGGUCACACAUCUACAGCUAACUGCUGCUACGCGAACGGAAUAUACGAGUAUGAUGGGACACAUUUAUAUUAUAUACUAAUCAAUUUCUAUUGCGUCACUAGAACCUAUUAUUUCUGUUAUUUUGUAUCGUCCGAUUAGGAAGAAAACUAGUAUCAAGUGAAAUAUUAAAAUUACACCAAUAA